AUGAGCCCGCAACGGCAGGGCCACAGCAGCUGGCAGUCGGCCGUUGCCAUCGCCGCUGGUGCCGAAGUCAGCCGUGUAGGCCGCCGCAUCUUCCAAAAGAUAUGGGAUCCGGAGCCGACCAACAACCGGAACCCUAACGAACCGGUUUGGUGCCUGGGUCGCUCAUACACAGUCGGUCCUAAGGCAUCAUCAUCGUCGGGAACCCCAUCACCAUUCACCGCCAGCAUCCCCACAGCCAAAUCCAAUGUCGAUGCCGUCGCCGCGACAACGGCCACAACAACACCAACCCCGAUCCCCGCCGCAGGCUCAACGAGCAAUCAGCAGCAGCAGGUCCUCGACACGCCGCCCGACUCCGUCGUAAGCAGCUUCGAUUCCUCCCUCGCCUACUCCUCGGAAGAGCUCAGCCAACAAGACAGCGGUUGGCCGCCCGCCUUCCUGGACGAUUUUGAGUCCCGGAUAUGGAUGACAUACCGGACCGGGUUCGGGCUGAUCCCGCGGUCCACCGACCCUAAGGCCGCCUCGGCGCUGUCGCUGCCCAUGCGGCUCAAGACGUCGUUUGGGGAUCUGACGGGGUUCUCGUCCGACACGGGAUGGGGCUGCAUGAUCAGGUCGGGCCAGAGCCUGCUGGCCAACGCGCUUCUCAUCUCGCGGCUAGGACGCGACUGGCGACGAUCUACCGACCCCGAUGCAGAGCGCGAAAUCCUGGCCUUAUUUGCCGAUGAUCUUCGCGCCCCUUAUUCCUUGCACAACUUUGUUAAACACGGGGCGGUUGCGUGCGGGAAGUACCCGGGGGAGUGGUUCGGGCCGUCGGCCACAGCGCGGUGCAUCCGGGAUCUGGCAAAGCAGCAUGAGCGGUCAUUACGGAUAUAUUCGACAGGUGACCUCCCGGAUGUUUACGAAGACAGCUUCAUGGCCACCGCAAUGCCUGACGGCGAGACCUUCCACCCGACGCUGAUUCUAGUGUGCACGAGACUGGGCAUCGACAAAAUCAAUAAAGUCUAUGAGGAGGCCUUGAUUUCCACUUUGCAGAUGGAGCAGUCCAUCGGUAUUGCAGGGGGCCGCCCUUCACAAUCCCACUAUUUCAUCGGCGUCCAAGGCCAAUGGUUAUUCUACCUCGAUCCUCACCACCCAAGGCCCACGCUCCCGUACCGCGAGAAUCCCGCCGAUUAUACGCCAGAGGAGCUGGACUCCUGCCACACCCGGCGGCUGCGGCAUCUCCACGUCGAGAACAUGGACCCCAGCAUGUUGAUCGGCUUCCUGAUCAAGAACGAGGAUGACUGGGACACGUGGAAGAGCGCUGUGAAGCACGUGCAAGGAAAGUCAAUCAUCACGGUCUCGGCGCACGACCCAGCGAGAGGUAUGGGCUCCGGGCGGGCCGAGGCCAUCGACGAAGUCCAAACUCUAAGUGAUGAUGACGAUGAUGCGGACACGGUUCUUGAAACAUGA